AUGCAGACUGCUUCUACAAACAUUUGUGAAAGACUGUGCAAUAAGUCCAUCCGUGAAAUUUCCUUGCUACUAAAUAUUACACGUUCAACUGUUAGCGGUAUUAUAAUAAAGUAGAGGCAACUGGGAAUGUCAGCAACUCAGCCACCAAGUGGUGGGCCAUGUAAAAUGACAGAGCAGGGUCAGCACAUGCUGAAGUGCACAGUGCGCAGAAGUCGCCAACUGUCUGCAGAGUCAAUAACUAAUCACCUCCAAACUUCGUGUGACUUUCACAUUAGCACAAUAGUGCAUAGAAAGCUUCACGGAAUGGGUUUCCAUGGUCAAGCAGGUGCAUGCAAGCCUUAAAUCACCAAGUGCAAUGCAAAGCAUCGGAUACAGUGGUGUAAAGCACGCCGUCACUGGACUCUAG